UGCUGCUCCACCAGAUCAACAAAACUGUAUUUCUAGCCGUGCUUUAGACCUGACUCAAGGCAGUUGGGCCCCACCCAACAGUACCGUAAGUAGCCGUUGGGUCUCGUGGAAAACACGACUCUCGUCGACACUCAGGGGCACUGAUUCGAGUGGUCCUGUCUCACUCUGAUUACAUUUAUUAAUCGUAACUGAAAGAUACGACAAGAUAUUCAAUUCCUGCACCCAAUAGCCUUGAGCUGGUGUCGGAUAUUACACUGCACAAAAAGCAUAGGUAGCGAUCUCCCUGUUAUCUGUCCUGAAUGUAUUGAAAUAUACCUUGUGGUCUACAAACAACUUCCACGUGGACCAUUAACAGUGUACUGUUGUGUUUGUGACAUGUCACAUGUAAUUUACCUUGUGUUAUGGUAUUCGGGUCACUUUAGUCCGCGUACAUGGCCAGUAUCUAGACCUAGUCGUGUAAUUUAGUUGCUGAGGUAACUAUGCAGGCCAGCAGUGUCGAACUAGAUCAACCCAUCUGAAAUAUGUCUGGAAUUCCAGGUGACCAGUCUCUCCUUGGAGUUAUUCAGGAUUAACUGUAGACUGUAUAUAUUGUACUAUUUUUAUUAUUAGUGAGAUAUUUGCUUAGAGUGUCUUAUCUUUUGCAGGAAUUACAUUGCUGUGUUAUUUUGUGUAUAUCCAAAUAAAAUAAUAUAUGCAGCAAUCAUGGCUUUUUGUUGGGUAAGAGCAUCUGAUGAAUGACUAAAAUACACAUUUUGUUUUAGACAAAGUAAUAUGACAAAGUCUAUUUUGCUUGUAUGUUAUCCAUUAUAAACCAGGUUUUUCGAAUCCUGAAUGCUGACUGGCUGAUAGCCAUGGUAUAUGAAACGGGUAUGACAUCACUUUUUACGCCUCUAGUUGAUGGGAAACUGGUUUAGAAAAGAAAUAAGGUACCUCUGGGUGUUGUGGUAUAUUGCUAAUACCACACGCUGUUUACAGGCACUCCGUGAUUCGACGUGCUUAAGGACAGCUCUGAAAAGAAUUAUCUUGAUAUAUAUUGGCUAUGUAUACCACGCCGCGUGGUGCCACAUUAUGUUUGAAGCUAUGGGGCGUAAAUGACAUUUUGGACAAAUAUGAGUUCUAUAUAUAAAAUCAAAUGAAAGCUCUCGAUGUGCUCUAUUUUGUAUUAAUAGAAGUGGAAUCAUGUCCAAUAAACAAUAAAACAACAAACCUUAAAGAUCUAACUUUAAAAAAGAGUAUUGGUCCUAUUUUGUUUUGGCUCUUCCGUAAAGUUUGUUAAAUAUCACUUACUUAAGUACUACUUAUGUGGUAAAGGUAUUUAAAAAAAAUCUAAACAGAAUUUUUCAACCCUAGAUUCUGUCACUACACGGUUGCCUGGAAACGAACGAUAACAGCAAGCUCCAUGGCAACUUCAAACAGGACGGGCAGACAAAAGUAGUGCAGAUUUUUUUUUUUAUCCCAAUUAUUUCUACUAUGGCCCUUCCGAUGCUGCCUGGCAAUUAUAUCAACAAAAACCUGGGAAAAGAAAAAUUCCACAAAUCCCAGCAUUUUGACUAUUCCAACGGAGUCCCUAUGAUGGUGGGAUUGGAGAAGCCAGGCAUUGGAGGGGAGUUGUUGCUUGGUCAAAAGGCUCGACCAAACUAUUCUGUCUUCCCCAAAGGUCAAGGCUGUGAAACUCCGUCAUGGGUGGCCUUUGACAAACAGGUGCUGUGCUUCGAUGCGUUCUUUCAGGAAACUGUGCCUCAGAAACAAGAGGAGAAGUACCGUGUCAGGAAGUGUAAGAUCUAUUUCUACCUGGAAGAUGACACCAUCCAGGUUGUAGAGCCCGAGGUAAAAAACAGUGGGAUCCCACAAGGAACGCUGAUUCGCCGUCACCGCAUCCCACUGCCCCCUCCGGAUGGCGAGCGCUGCUACACAGUGCACGACUUCAACGUCAACCAGCCCAUGGUGCUGCACUCGCGGACCUUCACCAUUACGGACUGUGAUCCAUUCACCAGGAACUUUCUCCGGAAGAUCGGGGUUCGGCUCAACGCCCCCACUGCUCCUCCACCAGACCCCUACAGUGACCUACGACAGCAGAUGGAGGAGAACAUGAAGCCACAGCGUCCGUACGAGAGACAGGACACACUCAAGCAAUUCCUGGACCAUGACCGCAAUGUGCUGCGCUUCUACUGCUUUUGGGACGACUCGGACAACAUGUUUGGGGAUCCGCGAGAGCUCAUCCUCCACUACUUCCUGGCCGAUGACACCAUAGAGAUCAGGGAGGUCAUCCAUCCCAACUCGGGACGAGACGCAGCGCCCAAGUUCUUGCGGCGCAGCAAACUGCCCAAGUCUUCUGUCUGCAGCCAUCAGCCAGGGGAGAUCACCGACCGCACUGUGCUGAAUGUCUUUGGUCCCAUGGGUCAGGGAGGACGCUACAUCCUGGACAGCCUCAAGACGGGUGCGAUGGCACAACAGUUUUAUAAGGACAGUGAUCUGACCCUCGGGGGUGUAAUGAAUGUGUGGGGCCGCAGGGUCAUCAUCUGUGACUGUGACAACUUCACCAAGGAGUACUACCGCUCAAAAUACGGCAUCGAGGACUUCAGUCCAGUUCAGUACAAGGCUCCCCUGACCCCUGAACCUCCCAGGCCAGUCCCUCCUUACAAUGGCUUUGGCUCUGAGGAGGACUCGCUGUGUUCCUGCCAGGGCCUGCUGCCCAAACCCCCCCAGAAAGACUUCCGCAAGCUCAUGGAGAAAGACAGACAGGGUUUGGAGAGCAACGUGCUGAGGUUUAUGGGGAAGAUGGUGACUGACAACCCCAUCGAUGCUGAACGAGUCUUCAUCAUUUCAUUCCACCUCAGUGACGACACCAUCUCUGUUUUCCAACCGCCUCAGAGGAACAGCGGUGUGUUGGGGGGACGGUUCCUGGAGCGUGGUAGGGUGAAGAAGCCUGGUCAAGAGCUGUUCAAGAGUGAGAUGUCCCAGUAUUUCAGUGCACAGGACCUUUACGUGGGGGCCAGGAUCACCCUGAACAACCAGGAUUUCCAGUUGCUGGAUGCUGAUGAGUACGUCUUUAACUACAUGGAGCGGCAUUCUGACGAGUUCCCCAGAGCUAACAUUGGCUCCAUCCUCAGCAAGAUCCGCUCCCUCCCUGAGGACAAACACAAAGAGAUCAAACAGUUCCUCGACCUCAGUGACCCUGGAAACACUGGACUGAUACCCUAUGAACCUUUUAGGGGUCUGCUGGUGGGUCUGGAGUGCGGCCUAUCAGAGCAUGAAGUGAUGACGCUGGGUCGUUGUUACUGUGAGCGGCGGCAGCCUGAGGAGGACGUGGGCCUCAUGUUGGCAGUGACCCAGGACCACCUACGCAAGAAACACUUUGAGAGCUUCUCUGAUAUGAGCAGAGCCUUCGCACACCAGGACCAGCCCAAAACUGGGCGUCUCUCCACCAAGGAGGUCAGGACCAUCUGUAAGGCCUUCCAGCUGCCACUUCCUGAUGACCUGCUCAGGGCCCUCAUCCAUAAGUUUGCUGCGGGUUCUGAGGACCUGGACUACCACGCCUUUCUGGCAGGGAUCAACUGGAGAGUGGAUCCCACUCCUCCUAUCCUGCCCGACGACGUGCUGAAGUUUGACUUGGACGGGAGCAGGGAGGCCAGAGGCCCUGAGGUAAAGGACGUCAACUGCUCUGUCCUCCUGGAAGAUGUGUUUGGCAGUGUCGGGACCAACACCAACCUAACACUGUAAUCGACCCAACACGGGGGUAGAGAGGCCGGAUCAACUGGAUCAUCAGCCCAUGAACUCAAUUAGUUCCCGGCCUGCCGGAUGUGUUUUCCUCUUUCAAUUAAAGAAUGUGGAGUAAAUUUGUAAUGAAAAA